UGACGAGAGUCGUCGUCUACUCGGAGUAAACUCAACCCCCAUCCUCUCUCUCUCUCUCUCUAUCUCUCUCUCGGUGCAGUUUAUUCACGCUCGCCAUAAUUAUCCAUCUCUUUCUCCGAAUUCUGCACAACUCUGUGUCACUUUCUCUAACCACUCUCUUCCACUUUAAGGUCUUGGGCAAAAUAGGCAGAAACAAGAAAAACCCUCCUUCAUGGCCGAGGCUAAAAAGUACAUCCCCAUCGCCGGCGGGAGCUUGAUCUCAGACGUCAAGAGCCUCUUCCCCAUCCUCAAAACCAGAAGAACCGCUGUUUUAGUAUAUGGGUUCGUGUUUGCUUUUGUUGCUUUCACUUUUUUUUUAGCAUUCAGUCCCUCAUCCAACUCUUCCUCUCCUUGGUUCAUCAACAUUUUCGGUGGUAGUAGUACCAAUAGCAGUACGGGUUCAGCGAGUGACUCUUACAGAUCUCAAUUCUCUUCUAUUUUCCCAAACUUCUUCCCCGACAAUUCGUCCGCACAACAGCAAGUUGAUAACUUUUCUUCCCCUCCACAAAACAGUACCUCUAGAUCUAGUAAUACCGCAUCCCAAUCUCCUAAUCUCACUGAAGAACCUUCCACUGUGAAAAACAAUACUCAACGUUCAGUAAAUUCUGGUAAGGGUAAACUCCCAAACUCAAAUCAAUCUAAAAUUGUUGCUCCGGAGGCUCCGGUGGCUGGCAAUCACAGUGCAAGUCUGCCGGUGAAUUCAGCUCCUAAUGUGGAUAAAGAAUCACGUCUUGUGAGAAAUCAAACUCAAAGUUUAGAGAAUUCUGAUAAACUGAAAGUUUUGAAACCAAAUCAGACUACCGUACCCGCCCUUAAAGCUCCGGUGGCUCCAAAUCAGAGUGCGAUUCUGCCAGUGAAAUCAGAUUCUUCUAAGAAGACAAAUUCUGGGGAAGAAGUGAAAGAUGUUUUAGGGAAGGGUGAGAUGUCGAAUAAUACGGCUUGGCUAUCGAAGAAACAGAGAAAUGAGACUAAACCAGGAGUGUCGGCGAAGCAGGGGAACGAUAGUUUGGUGGAGUCUUUGAUGAAUUGCGAUUUAUUUGAUGGGGAAUGGGUGAGAGACGACUUGUAUCCGCUUUACAAACCCGGUUCGUGCUCGCUUAUCGAUGAGCAAUUCAAUUGUAUUCUUAACGGCAGGCCCGAUAAAGAUUACCAGAAAAUGAAAUGGAAACCCAUGGGAUGUAAUCUCCCAAGGUUGGAUGGAAGUCUCUUGUUGAAUUUGUUGAGAGGCAAGCGGCUAGUUUUUGUAGGUGAUUCUCUGAAUAGGAAUAUGUGGGAAUCUCUUGUUUGCAUCUUGAGGAACUCGGUGAGAGAUCAGAGUAAGGUUUAUGAAGCAAAUGGGAGACACCAUUUUCGCGGGGAAGCUUCAUACUCUUUCAUAUUCAAAGAUUAUAACUGCUCUGUAGAGUUCUUUGUAACUCCUUUCUUAGUUCAAGAAUGGGAAAUGCCAGACAAAAAUGGAACGAAGAAGGAAACACUUCGGCUUGAUUUAGUGGGGAGAUCUUCUUAUCAAUAUAAAGAGGCCGAUUUCAUUAUCUUUAACACUGGACACUGGUGGACUCACGAAAAAACUUCCAGAGGGAAAGACUAUUAUCAAGAAGGAAGCCAUGUCUACGGUGAACUGAAUGUUCUUGAGGCAUUUAGAAAAGCUUUAACUACAUGGGCCAGAUGGGUUGAUGCCAAUAUAAAUCCAUUAAAGUCUCUGGUCUUCUUCAGAGGUUAUUCUGAAUCCCAUUUCAGUGGUGGACAGUGGAAUUCUGGUGGGCAAUGCGACCAGGAGACUCAGCCUAUUAAGAAUUUAACAUAUCUGAGGCCAUAUCCACCUAAGAUGAUGGUUUUGGAGAAAAUUCUUAAAGGGAUGAAAACUCAUGUCACCUACAUGAAUAUUACAAGAAUGACAGAUUUCAGGAAGGAUGGCCACCCUUCAAUAUAUCGGAAGCAGAAGUUGUCGGAAGAGGAAAGGAGAUCACCAGUUAGGUUUCAGGACUGCAGCCACUGGUGCCUUCCCGGUGUACCUGAUGCAUGGAAUGAGAUUCUCUUUGCCGAGCUUCUCAUUGAAAAGCACAAGAAGCAACAACAGCGGAAGAGAUCUUAGGUAAAACUACACAAAACUUUGGGCUGCAUCUUCAUUUUUACGAACCAUAAGUUGCAAUCAUACCAAUGUGAAGUAUAGUUUUUUUUUUUUCCCUUUAGAAUUAUAGUAGCAAAAAAGAUACGAGAGAUGACUCAAGAAAGAUUGUUUUAUGUCAUAAAUUAUGAAGGAGAGUGUGAGUUAGGAAAAAAAAUUGAAUAUUCUUGGAAGAGGAUGUCAAUCUGUUCUGUAAUAAAAUCUCUUUGUUUGUAUAUGAACGAAAGAAAGGAAGGGUAGAGUAGAGGUUCCAACUCAAGGUUUAAUUUGUUGUUGGAAAACGGUCUCCCUGCAUCCACUUCAUAUUCUUAUAAAUAGAGCCUCAAAGGCUUUGAAGAUUGUAAA